AUUUAUUGAUCUCACUAACUGUGACAUCUCGUAUGAAAUGUCCAUUCUGGGCCACCAACUAAUUGCAUGUAUGAUGUGAAGAUUAUUUCGAAAACGAUGGGUGUGUGAAUACGCCAGGCCAGGGGUCGAUGGACGUCAACGACGAGGGCGUUGGCGGUGAAGUGAAAAGAGGGAUCGAGGGGGUUUUGCCGCCCCCGAGUGCAGCGGACACUGCACUCGAGAAUGCAGACCAGCAGGAGCCAGAAGUUGAUGGAGAAGGGACCAAGAAAAACAAACAAAUAAAUAACCACACGAAGGAACUAUGGACCAACGCUGUACAAAAAGUGUCAAACCAAAGAAAAAGAAGACCACACUUUUCAUCAAUCGCUUUCUCUGUUAUCGACUCGCACAGACAAAUAAAAAAGGAUGUUUCCUUUACUCCACCGCCAUCACCUAGGCACGCUGGAAUCUUGAAACGCGACAGCACAGAUAAUAGUUUGAAUAAUCAUAAUUCUAUACCCAUAAGCGAAUCGGCCUCUCUACACAAUGGAAAAUUGGACGAUCAUUUCAACAAUCUGGAAAAACCUGCUACAUAUUUGGAAGAUGAAACGUACUCAUACAAAGCUGACUUUGCAACAGUAUUCAAAAGAGGACUCAUGUACAAGGGAAUAUAUUGGCCAAGUCUGACAAACAGCUUCCAUUCAAAACAAUUAGAAUUAGCAUAUUUAAGAUAUUCUCAUAGACAAAGACAGAAAGCACUAAUUAUUGUGAAUAUUGUAGAUCUUCUAUUAAAGAUUUGUUUGAUAUUGGUAUGGGCAUUGUACAAUUCAAAAGUGAAGAUAGACUGGGUAUCAAAUGCUGAUACAAUAAUUUGGUCUGUAUGUUGUAUGUCAAUAAAUAUUGCUGUAUGUGUACUGGGUUGGUGGCGGUGUUUUGCUAACAACUACCUUCACUGGGCUGCUGUAUGCACCUGGCUUCUUCUAACAUUGCAAAGUUUUAUUGCACGAGGUGUUGGUUUCGGUAUUAAAGAAGACUUGGUCUGGUAUGUUCUGUUCAGCAUCUUUGUACCGUACGCCAUGUUACCGCUGCCUCUCCGAUGGUGUAUGAUGGCUGGUGCGCUCGCUUCUGUCGGUCAUAUAAUUGUUAUUUCAGUUGCUUUUUAUGGAAACACCGACAACGUUUGUCGUUUCGAUUCAGACUUAUGCAAAAUACGUCGGCUCUUAGCCAAUGUCCUUUUGUACACUUGUGUAAACUUCGCUGGUAUGUACACAAAAUACUUAACGGACAGAAGUCAGAGAAAGGCGUUCUUGGAAACGCACAGAUCCAUGGAGACCAGAUAUAGGACGCAAAGCGAAAACGAUAAACAAGAAAAAUUGCUGUUGUCAGUAUUACCGGAUUUUGUUGCCAAAGAUAUGAUUAGAGAUAUCGAAAAAGAAGAAAGAGGGGGAGCUUUUCAUCCUAACCAGUUUCACAAGAUCUAUAUUCACCGUUACGAAAAUGUCAGCAUAUUAUUCGCCGAUAUAAAAGGAUUUACAGUUUUGUCCACAAAAUGUACCGCCCAGGAACUAGUCAAGAUUCUCAACGAAUUGUUUGCAAGAUUUGACAAACUUGCAGCUGAAAACCAUUGCUUAAGAAUAAAACUGCUGGGAGACUGUUACUACUGUGUAUCAGGACUGCCGACUCCUAGAUCUGAUCAUGCACAUUGUUGUGUUGAAAUGGGUCUUCAUAUGAUCAAGGCCAUUAGAGAUACUAGACACAAAACGCAGGUUUAACGGACUUUUUACCAAAAUGUUAUCUUUGCAAAUCAAAUGAUUACAUCAUAUUAGAAGACCUAUCGUAUCACAAUUAUACCAGUGCGUCAAUUUUUGUUCCCGCUGAAUAUGACUGGUUAAUAUUAGUUAUCAAACAAAUGGCAAAAAUACAUGCUUGUUCCUUUGUUUUCGAAGAAAAAACGUCAAAGAAAAUGGGAAAAAAAAUUCGUUUGGAUGAAGUUUACAAACCAUUUCUUACAGAAUACCUUUUCUCUGAGACGAAUCCGACCGGUG